AUGUCUACAAAUGAGACCGGUAGAUCAAAGAAGGAUAAGACAACAUCAAUAUUCUCAAGAAAAGUUGACUCGACGAAGGUCAAUCUCCCUGUGAUCAAGCGGUGGAUUGAGGAGGAGAUCACGGCCCAGAUUCCCGAUGACGAUAUAGCUGCUGGGUUUAUCUACGAAUUGAUAGCAGGGGAAGAGAACCCUGACAUCAACGCCAUACGAGCACAGACAGAUGAUUUUCUUGGACCCAAAGAAAGCAAAAUUUUUUGCAAAAAGCUAUGGAAGCAUUUGCUAAGUGCUCAGGGGGACAAGGAUGGGCUCCCUCUGGAAUUAGUAGAGCUACGAAGGAGGGUUUUAGAAGAGCAGAGGGCAAACCAAGCAAAACUUCAAGAAAGUAAGCUUCAAGACAGAAACCGUGGUUGGUAUCAUAGAGACAGGAGAGAGAGGUAUGGCCAGAGAGACAGCUUUCAGAAGCGUGGACAGAGGAGAUCUUAUAGAGAUUCUCGAACAAGUGACGACUCACGGAAAAUUGUAAACGAAACUGACGCAAAACUUAUCGACUCGAAAAAGACAAACUAUAAUCGGUCAGAAAAAAAGGAAAGUCAUGAUGAAAGUGAGGUAUAUCACAGCAAUGGAAGCGAGCGAGGGCCACGAGACAAAACUCUUCUCUAA